AUGAGGCCCUCCGUACUCCUUCCCGCCGCUCUGGUGAUUUGGACUGGCCCUGGCCGAGCCCUGGCGGCGUGGGACAUGAGAUAUGCUGAAGAAUCCGCCGAGGGUCUCUUCGCCAAUGCCCCUUCAGAGGAGCGCUACUACAAAUUCGCCUUUGCCGAACUUGUCGCCAGUGCGCAGAAUCUCAAUAGCCGACAACAAGCCCGAAUCGCUGAGCAGGAUGAGGAGAUACACGAGCUGAAGAUGAUGGCUCUCAACCUCACGGAAUCGAUCGUCGAGGCGAAGACCAACGCGAGCAAUGACCUCUUGCACGAGUUGCACAAGUUCUCCGAAACAAUGGAGACCAUUAGCUCCAUUUUGCAGGCUCUCGCAUCGUCGGAUCAGUCUCAGAACCGUGACGUUCCGGGCCCUGACGGCGACGCGGCUAGGAACGCCGUCUUCCAUGGCUUCAACCCUGUCAUCAUCAGGUUCCUAGAGCGCAUCGCUACGAAGCUGGAGAAGCCGGAGUCAGAGUGGUCUGCAGACAAGAAGACCAUGGCUACCAUGGCCAUCUUCACGGGUAUCGCAACGGCUCUCAACUACCUGAGGGGGCCAAUCGGCCGAACCGGCUGCUACAAGAAGAUUGCAAAAUGGCUAGGCUGCGCGAAAGAGGAGAAGCUGGCGAAGAAGGCUGCUCUUGAGGCUUUGGAGGGACAGGUGAAUUAUCUGUGGAAAGCCGCCGACAAGGGGCUUGCAUUCAUCAAAGCCGCCGUAAACGACAGGGCUAAGCAUGAAGAGCUCGAUCUGUUAAAGGGCGAGCUUGAUGCAAAAGUCGAAACCCUCACUGCCCGUGUUGACGAGAUGGCUACAGCCGAGAGAGUUACUGGUCUGGAAUGCCGCGUUGACGUGAUGGCUGAAGCCGCGAGAGUCACUGAUCUGGAGCGCCGCGUAUCCGAGCUGACUUCCAUGGCGAACAACCUCGCAGCCAGCUUCAGUGAGCAAGCAAUCAGAAGUAUUGCCGAGGCUAAAACACUGAGAGACAACAUUCUUGCCUUGGAGACGGAAGAUCAGGAAAACUUAAGUCGGAUUAAGAAGCUCCAGGAAGACGUCCAGCACAUUGCUGACGACCUUGACGCUCAUCAGGCCCAGCUCACCCAUUUCAUGUGA